AAUCUGGUGCAACUAACUUAAUGAUUCAGCAGAAGAGCAAACACUUCAUUCUUCUCCUCUCAAAUGGCUUGCUCUGCAAGGAUUUUGGUGACAGCCUGGUGCUUUUUUGUUGGCAUCUCUGUUUCUGUGCCAGGAUGGCAAGAACUGGUCAAUGGGCUCCCACCUCCUUGUGAGAGCCAGAUUUACUGCACUGGGGACCUCCUGAAGCAGGUCCAGCUGGCCAGGCUCUUCUCUGAUGACAAACACUUUGUUGACAUGCCGUUGCGGGAGUCUCCAGACCUAGUUCUGAAGAAGUUUCAGCAGCUAGUGAAUGUGACUCCGGGGGGGAUAUUGUCCAAAGAGCAGCUGCAACAGUUUGUGAGCUCAUCCUUCAGUGACCCUGGACAGGAGUUCGAGCAAUGGGAACCUCAGGACUGGACGAGCAGCCCCCAGAUUUUAGCCAAGAUUUCUGACCAGAAACUCCAGGCAUGGGCAUCGGAUCUGAAUGCCAAGUGGAAAUCCCUAGGGAGAAAGAUCAAAGAUGACGUUAGGACUCGCCCGAUGUUUUACUCUCAGAUUUAUGUGCCGCACCCUCUGAUGGUGCCCGGUGGCAGGUUCAUUGAAUUUUACUACUGGGAUUCCUACUGGGUGAUCGAAGGGCUGCUCCUCUCUGAAAUGGCAACCACAGCCAAGGGGAUGAUACAGAACUUCUUGUACCUGGUGGACAGGUAUGGGCACAUCCCAAAUGGAGGGCGAGUCUAUUACCUGCGCCGGAGCCAACCACCUUUCCUCACUCUGAUGAUGGAUGCCUACCUGGCCCACGCCAAUGACAUAGAGUUUCUCAGGGAGAAUAUCCAUCUGCUGGAGGUAGAGUACGAGUUCUGGCAGAGGAAUCGCUCUGUGAGCAUCACAGUUGGGGACAGGAAUCACACUCUGAACUACUACAACGUUCAGAUCGGGGAGCCCAGACCAGAGUCCUACAGCAAAGACUGGGAGUUGGCAAGUGACUUAAAUGAAGAUGCCAGGCAGGAGCUCUGGGCAGAGCUAAAAUCAGCAGCCGAGUCAGGCUGGGACUUUUCCUCUCGCUGGUUCCUCUCCUGGUCUCCCCCGCUCCCUGCGACACUGAAGGAUACCAAAGCCAGGGCUGUAGUGCCAGUGGAUCUGAAUGCCUUUCUGUGCAAGACAGAGCACCUGCUGGCUUCAUUCUACAGGAUACUGGGAAACACCAUCAAGGCUGCCCAGUUCCAGGCCGCUCUGGAGCACAGGCUUGAGGCAGUCCAAGCUGUCUUCUGGAAUGAGGCUGCUGGAGUCUGGCUGGACUUCAACCUCCUGAAGAAGCAGCCAAACCCAGCCUUCUACCCCUCCAACCUGGCACCCCUGUGGACUGACUGCUUCUCAGACCAGGCUGCAGCUGAGAGGGCAGUGCGGUACUUAGAGGGGAGCACAGUGCUGUCCUACAAGAACGGGAUCCCUACCUCACUUGCCAGGACUGGGGAGCAGUGGGACCUGCCCAAUGCCUGGCCUCCACUGCAGCAUAUGGUGAUUGCAGGUUUGGCCAAGUCCAGCUCCUCGAGAGCCAAAGAAAUUGCCUUUGUCCUGGCGCAGAACUGGGUCAGAACCAACUUUGCCUUAUAUAAGAAGUACCAGGCCAUGUUCGAAAAGUACAAUGUGGAUGGAGAUGGGAAGCCAGGGACAGGAGGAGAGUACCAAGUCCAGGAGGGAUUUGGCUGGACCAAUGGUGUAAUCCUGCAACUCUUGGAUCUCUAUGGCGACCGCCUGACUUCUGGCUCCCCCUCCACCCCCUUCAGGGCCUGGAUUGUUGUUGCUUGCAUCUUCCUCCUUAACCUGAAAUGAUAGGGGAAGUGGUUUGGGCUCCCAGCAGCCGGGCCAGAGGAAACAAGCCCAUGGGUAGUGAACAGUACCCUGGCCUUAUAGCCAGUUAGGGAAGUGUGUGUGGGGGGCUCAUCUGGGGCAGCCCCCUCUUUCUCUACCUGCUGGGACAGCAAAGCAGCCACAGGUGAACAAUAGCUGUGACUAAAGCCCUGGGCCUGCAGCCCUGCUGAGCCCCCUACCUGCCAUUCUCUCAUGCUUUUGCUGUGUCAUUAAUGUUUAUCAAACUGGUCUUUGCUGUCAUACCUGCCUUGGUGGUUACUGGGGCCUGAUUCUUGUGGAGGUCUGUGCUGAGGCCCUACAUCCCCUAGUCUCAGCUCAUUACCCACCACAGAUCCUUUAUCCCUUCAUUCUCACAAAGUUCCCUGUGUGCCACCCUUCCAUGUCCCCCUCAUUCAGAGAAAUGUGUAAAUAGUUAAACUUGUAGAGUUUGUUGAAUUAUUUAUUUUGUCUGGACAGCCACUGUGGCUGUCACCAUUCUAAACUCCAUAGGGGCAGGGCAGAGCAGAGCACAUUCAAAGGCAGGCAUCUUCCCAGCACAGUGCCUACUGAGAACCCUUUGGCUCAGGGCCCAGCUGGCUGUGGUCAAGAGCAGGGAAGGUGGAAACAACCUCAAGUCUGUUACUCAAAAGGCUUUAUUGUUUGCAGUCUGUCUACAACUACUGAAAAAAGAGAGGCUGGACUGGCUGCUACCUGUCCCCAGCCUAGAUGAGCAGAGGGAGGUACAAACUGGACAAAAGGAGAGCAAGGCCUAACAGCAGUGGCACUUGUAGGAAUUCAAAUACCUAGGGUUAAAAAAGAUAUUUGGAAAAUAAGGAUUUCAAGGUUAUAAAAGCAAGGUGGGAUUUAAAUAGUCUUGUUCUUUCAAGGGAUUUUCAGCUUUGUGAAACUUAACUCUUCACUAAGCCCUAGAGGAAGGCUCUGGAAAUUCCUAGCUCUCAGCUGGAUUUUGCUAAUAGGGGUAGGUAUAGGUAGCCACUUUAAAGGGGCAUAAGAUGUCAAGGGGCCCAAUUUUUUAGCCACUCAAAGCACCAGUGCUUCCACUUCUACAGGUUGAGCAGCUUCAGGCUUGGAUAGUAUGGGCCCAAUGCUGCAAGGGGCUGUGCACCCUCAGCUCUCUGGGACUCUGAGGGGGCUCAGCACCUCAUACCAUCUGGCUUUUAGAUGUGAAUUUAGGCUCUGCCUCCCCAUGAGGCAUGUGCAGACAGUUAACUGUAGGCACCUAGAUUUAAGAACCAGGCUCUGCAUUCUUCUUGCCCUGCCCUCCUGGCAUCUCCUUUGGGUGAGGCACUUUUUAAAGCUCACAGUGUCAGAAGAACAAGCCAUUGGUUUCAUUAGACUACACCUUGGUGCCUAGUGCAUGAGAGAGAUCACAAGCCCUGGCAGACAAAUAUUCCCCCUCAUCCCACAGCAUUUGCACACCUGGCACAGUUACUUCUAGCUUUACACCAUCAGAACCUUACAACCAGGCACCUUGCCUGUGCUGAUGCCCAGACUCUGAGGUGGUCAAGGCACAGGAGAGCAGAGAGAUGUCUGACAUGGACAGACCCCUCACUGUUACAGGUAGCUGCAGUAAAUCUGGCAGGACUGUCAUGGUGCACAUCCUGGCACCUGCAGCAGCCUUGGCACUGGUGAGAAUGGCACAAGAAAAGGAAACAAGUCAAGCAGACAGUGGAGCAAACAGGGGUCUGGUCACAGGUGCUGGUAGGAUGCGCUAGAUGCAUCUGUGAUGCAGUUGUCAUAGUGAUGCCCAACAAUCUCCAGUUUAAAAAAGUGGCAGCAUUGAGAGAGCUUAGUUCCUUAAUCCAACAGCUUCAGGCCUAGUUUGCACUGGAACCGGUGGGAUGGUCUUUGGCAGCUCUUCCGCUUUGUACCUUUCAGCCCAUUGAUAUGUUUCCAUCAAAGAAUAAAAAAGUCUGUUCUGUUACAUAUA